CCUCUUGCGCGCGGCACGCGAGUGGGCAGGCGACGAGGUUGCCUCGCGCAUCGUCUUCACCGAGGUCGCGCCUAAGGGUGUCCACAUCCACCGCGGCCGCAUCGCCGACCUCUUCCUCGACGCGUGGGAGUGCGGCGCCCACACGACGAGCGCAGACAUCCUGUGGUCGGGCACGCCCGUCCUGACCUGGCCCAAGCACGUGCACAAGCUCUGCUCUCGCGUCGCUGCGAGCAUCGUGCAUGCUACCGGCUACGGCGAGCAGAUGACGGUGCACUCGGCCGAGGCAUACAUCGAGCGGGCCGUCGAGUUCGCCGAGGGCCUCCGCCACGAGUACCUGGAUGCCGACGGCAACCGUCUUGCUCCCGUCACGCCCGAGCAGCCCAUCAUGGCGUCGGCGCUCGAGGUCAAUACGGCCAGCAGCGCAGCUCAGCCUCAUUCAGCGCAGGCCAAGCCGUCCAAGGACGACAAGGCCACGCUGGCGAGCUCCGAGCCGGCAGCAGCGGCGUCUGCUGCUCCCGCACCGGCCAACGUCAAGCAGGCGGCCGCUGCUGCUCCACACGACGCCGAGCUCGCCGCCGUCGCUCCUCCACGCAGCGAGAUCGCUCUCCGGCGCGGGCCCCAGGCGCCCUCUGGCACCGUCACGCGACGCGAGAGUGGCGAGCUGGCCGAGCUGCGCCGCAAGCUCUUCCUCACUCGUGACCGGCACGACGGGCUCUUCGACACGCUGGCGUGGACGCGAGCCCUCGAGAAGGGCUACGAGGAGGCCUGGCGUGUGAGUAAGACGCGGCGAUGCGACACACGCCUUGCACUGACGACAUGUCACCGCAGCGCUGGGUCGCAGGCACUGACGUCGAGGACACGCCCGAGUGGGAUGCACUGCCCGAGUCGGCGCCCGAGAAGCGCUCCGGCCACAUCUGGCUGUGAUGCUGGCGCUGCGCCACGAGGCUUCAUUCAGCCGACCUUUCCCUUUCUUUCACCAGACAUGACUUGCACGACUUCACGCCCCUCUCACCCUUUACCACGUAGACACGCGCGCGCCGCCUGGCAGACUGCCAUGCUCGGUCGUCCCAAAGGAUCUCGAUGUGGCUGUUGAUCAGGAUGUCUCUCGUGUGUGCGUGUGGUGGUACAGAUGUGUCGUCGGGCCAGGUGAGGUUCUCGGCUCUCAUCGCGGCAGAGGUGCAGCCGCGCCGCCGCCGUUGAAGAGCACGUCCUUGAGCGCUUGCGAGAUGAGGCCGUGGUGCGCCUC